AUGGCCUCCAACUUUAACGACAUAGUCAAGCAGGGCUACGUGAAGCUCCGCAGCAGGAAGCUGGGGAUUUUCAGACGAUGCUGGUUGGUUUUCAAGAAGGCUUCCAGCAAAGGACCCAGAAGACUAGAAAAAUUUCCAGAUGAAAAGGCAGCUUAUUUCAGAAACUUCCAUAAGGUAACUGAACUGCACAACAUCAAAAACAUAACGAGACUGCCUCGAGAGACAAAGAAGCAUGCAGUGGCGAUUAUUUUUCACGAUGAAACGUCAAAGACAUUUGCCUGCGAGUCAGAGCUGGAGGCCGAGGAGUGGUGCAAACACCUCUGCAUGGAAUGUCUGGGGACCCGGCUGAACGACAUCAGCCUGGGAGAGCCGGACCUGCUGGCGGCAGGCGUGCAGCGUGAGCAGAAUGAACGAUUCAAUGUGUACCUUAUGCCUACACCUAAUCUGGAUAUUUAUGGUGAAUGUACAAUGCAGAUCACUCAUGAGAAUAUCUAUCUCUGGGAUAUCCACAAUGCCAAGGUCAAACUGGUGAUGUGGCCUCUCAGCUCGUUGAGGAGAUAUGGUCGGGACUCAACGUGGUUCACGUUUGAGUCAGGAAGAAUGUGUGACACGGGAGAAGGACUGUUCACCUUUCAAACAAGGGAAGGGGAGAUGAUCUACCAGAAGGUCCAUUCUGCAACACUGGCCAUAGCUGAGCAACAUGAAAGGUUGAUGCUAGAAAUGGAACAGAAGGCCCGGCUUCAGACAAGCUUGACUGAACCCAUGACGUUAUCCAAAUCCAUCUCUCUUCCUCGAAGUGCAUACUGGCAUCACAUCACACGCCAGAACAGCGUCGGAGAAAUCUACAGUUUGCAAGGUCACGGGUUUGGUUCCUCGAAGAUGUCUCGUGCGCAGACAUUUCCCAGCUACACGUCGGAGCAGGGUGACGAGACCCAGCAGCCGCUGUCGAGAUCUAGCAGCUAUGGGUUCAGCUACAGCUCCAGCCUCAUCCAAUGACAUGCAGGGAGCCACUGCCAGCCAGAGAGACAGUCUGCCCCGGACCCGCCUGGAGGUCAAGAAA